AUGGUCGUGGCGCUGGCAAUGAAUGGUCCGUGGGUAAUGGCAGAUAUGGAAAAUGGUUUUUUUGGUUGUGCCGAAAAGUCUUGUCCGAACAAUUCCAUGGUGAAGAACGAGUUCUUGACUGCCAUGCUCAAGGGUGGCUCUGGUAGGACCCUUUCUCUCAAAGUGAGUAAUGCGCAGUCUGGAAAGCUCAAACCCAUUUACGAAGGCCUUCGUCCAAAAGACUAUUUAGUGAUGAAGAAGCAGGGCGGCAUUGUCCUCGGCAUCGGCGGCAACCGCGAAAACAACGGUUAUGGUGUCUUCUACGAAGGGGUUAUUGUAACAGGUAUCCCAAACCUUUUAACUAACGUACUCGUUCAACAGAACAUUGUUCAUGCGGCCUACGGUGGUAACUCCGAACAGUUUGCAAAUUAG